CACCGGAACAUAAAAAUAAACCACGAAAUUGUAUCUUUGGCUCCUUGUCCCAAAAAUGGCUUCCGCUUCACUGACCUUAUCUUCCUUCAAUCUGAGACUUCCCCCUCCCACCGGUUCCUCCUCCUCAGCUCGGCCCUCCUUCAGCUUACUCCAACUCAACACCCCGCUCAACCAGAAGGGGACGGCCAGCUCGCUCCGCCUCAGCUCCGCUCGCUCCAUUUCUGGGUUCCCCUCGGUUUCCACCAACAGGCUAUGCUCCAUUUCUCCUCUCACCCAGAAGCUCAGGACCCUCACAAUUGUCUCUGCUAAGGGCUAUAAGAUGAAAACCCACAAGGCCUCGGCUAAGCGAUUUAGGGUGACCGGUAGAGGGAAGAUUGUGCGGAGAAGAGCUGGAAAGCAACAUUUGCUUGCCAAGAAGAACACAAAAAGGAAAUUACGACUAUCGAAAGUGGUCCAAGUCAGUCGGAGUGACUAUGACAACGUGAUUGGGGCACUGCCAUACUUGAAGGUGAAACGACAGGCAAAGUAGAUUCCAGAGGGAACUUAAGAUCUCGUCAUAUUUUGCUUCAAGUGAGAAAUUACUGAUAAUGUUGAGAGACUAAUGCUAUUCAUUUGUUUCAUUUCACUGAUGUUCGAGCUAUAGUUCAUUUCUCCUAUCUUCUGAAUUAGCCGUCCCAAAAUCUUACAUAUCGACUUGCAGCAGUUGUUUCA